UUGGAUAGAGAGAGGGGGUGAAACAGAGGUGCUAAGACAAACGGCCUCCAGUCACACAGUUGGGAGAAAGCGAUCAGUGUGUAUGCACACAUAGAACGCAGGAUUAGGGUUGACACUGGUUCUCACACACACACACAAACACAUACACGCUCAGGCAAACACACAGACGCAAAGAAACGGGCUCUGCACCUUUACAGAUUUACAAAGUCUGUGUUCUUCAAAAGGUCAGAGGAAAGACAGAGAGACAGAAAGAGAGAGAGAGAGAGAGCAAUUGACUGGGAUAAAGAGGACUACAGAGUGUGGACUACAAGGCUGAAAGAGAGAAGCAAGACAGAAGAAAAACCAAGUGUGAGGCAGGAGGAAGGAGACAGUAUCUCUUUUAACUUCUUGACUUGACUUCUUUGGAUUAUUAUCAAUGGAUGGUUCAGUUUGUGUGGAGCAGUCAAGAGACAAGGAGGACUCUGAGAGCGUCUCACCUGGGAACCUUCCGGAGGUGAACAAUAAUAUGGACUCAAGGGCAGAGGACACGGUGAAGGACACCAUCAUAGACAACCUCACUGAUGAGAAUGGGAACACAGACCAGGGGAAAGCAACCAAUGAGGAGAAUGGAGAGGAGGAGCCUCAUGAAACAGUGGCCAAUGAUGAAGAGGGAACCAAGAAUGGGGGAGGAGCCCCUGAAAAUAACAACAUAGAACAGAGCACAGAGGUAGAGGAAGUAAAGGACAAGACUGAGGACAAGACUGAGGAGAAGACUGAGGACAAGACUGAGGACAAGACUGAGGAGAAGACUGAGGACAAGACUGAGGACAAGACUGAGGACAAGACUGAGGACAAGACUGAGGACAAGACUGAGGAGAAGACUGAGGACAAGACUGAGGACAAGACUGAGGAGAAGAAAGAUGGGGGGGAGAAGAAAGAUGGGGGGAAGGAGAAAGAGACUGAAAUAGAGAGUGGUGGAGAUGUAAAGGCAGACACAGAUGUAGCAAAGGAGGGAGAGGGAGAAGACAAAACAGAGAGCCCAAACAGUAAAUCAGAUGAAAGGGAGGCCAGGGUUGACAAGGUGAAGAAUGGAGCAAAUGUGAGUGAAAAAGAGGAAAGCCUUCCUAAGGGGAAAGAAACAGACAAAAAGAAGAAGGAUGCCAAAUCUAAAAAAGAGGCAAAGCCUUCAGAAAAGCAGAAGGGAAAAGAUGACAAGAAACCAGCAGGGAAGUCAAAGAAUGAACCAAAGCAGGCGAAGGAGAAGGAGGCAGUGGGGAAAGAGAAGGAGGCAGUGGGGAAAGAGAAAGGGAGAGGUAAUGAAACGGAGAGAAAGAGACCCACAGUCCCAGUGUCCAUGCCACGUCCUAGACCAUCAGCACGCCCAUCCACACGCAGAGAUGCCAUGGCCAAGUUUGAACAAGGCCAACCUCCUGCUCAGCGAAACUUCAAGGUACAGCGUGUGUCAGUAGGUGUGGCCAAUGGAGGAUCGAUCAAACAGAAAAUCCUCCAAUGGUGUCGCAGCAAAACUCAACACUAUGAGAGUGUGACAAUUGAGAACUUCUCCUCGUCUUGGUGUAAUGGUCUGGCGUUCUGUGCCCUCAUCCAUCGCUUCUUCCCUGACGCGUUUGACUUUUCCUCGCUAAACGCCAACGAGAGAGAGAAGAACUUCACACUGGCCUUCAGCACAGCAGAGUCACUUGCAGACUGCUGCCCCCUGUUGGAUGUAUCUGAUAUGAUGCUGAUGGGGAAUAACCCUGACCCCAUGUGUGUUUUCACCUACGUGCAAUCCCUAUGUCACCACCUCUCCAAAAUAGAGAAGAAGAGGAAAGAGGAGGAGGAGGAGGAGAAAAAGAAGGCAGACGCUGAGGAGUCAGCAGAAGACGUGAAGAACAAGGGGGAAGCUGAGGACCAGAUGGCCGCCGGUGGGGAGGAGGAGGAGGAGGAAGCACAAGAGAAAGCUGAUGGACUGAAAGAAAAUGAUGGCAAAGUGGAGUUAGAAAGUGAGGCUUAAGAGUUCUAAGAGUUAGGGGAAUGAUAACAAAAAAUGAGAGGCUACAAAGAAAGGAAAAGUGAGAAAGAGAGAGUGAGAGAAGAUUAAGAUUGGUAGUUAAUGGAGACAUUGAUAGUCUUAACGUUGCUCCUGCACUGUGCUGUUUGGUUUCACAGUUUACUAUGAACUAAUCACUUAAAGUGGCUGUUGCUUAUAUGUUUGUAAAGUUACCUUUUUACUUAUCUUAUCAUUUAUUUAUAUAAGUGUGUUUGGAAUUGUGAAAACAAAAUGUGUAAUAAAUGAAACAUUUAUUAA